AUGAGCUAUUCUUCCAGCUUUGUCCACGAUUAUGUCAGGCGAUUAGAACAAGCGUCGUACGCGGGCAGUCGGUUGCACAGCGGCGAGAUUCCGUGCUACGACGUGCGCGACACGGCAGACCGAGACCUGCUCGUGUCAGCCAGCACCCCCGAGAGCUUUGUCCUCGGCACUGGCGCCUCAAUCUUCACAGACGCAAUACUUCCCGCCAUUGCGUCGGCAGCGUCCGAGGUCAUCUUUGUGACCUGCUUCUGGGCGCCGUCCAAAACCCUCUCCGCCUUCCACGAUGCCCUGGCCAAGCUCGCCGCCCACCGGUCCGCCCUCAUCCGCGACGCCGCCGCCAGAGGCGCACCGCCAAUUGCACCCCUGAGAGUCCGCAUCUGCUUGUCGUCGCGAUCUGUCCUGCAGAAACUUCUGCAUCCCCAGUCCCGCAAUGGUUACAUCUAUCCGCCCUCGGCGUGGCAGAAGCAGCUCGGCCUCCCAGGCCCUGCUCUUCUCAGCGCCGCCGGCAUCGUGCUAAGCGUGAAGAGUAUCUUUUUCCUCCCUUUCAGCGUCAUGCAUCCCAAGUUUGUCAUUAUCGACAGGGAGCGCGCUUUCAUCCCGAGCUGCAAUGUCAGCUGGGAGUCGUGGCUCGAAGGCUGCGUCCAGGUCACUGGGGGCGCCGUGCUCGGUCUGCUAUCUUUCUACGCGCGCACCUGGGAGAAAGAUCUUGACUUCCGGACACCUCUAGAGGGCCAGCCGUCGAGCUCCCAACGGCUCGACGCCCGGGAGACAGGUCUUCUUGCUAUAUCCAGCGCUGCCCAUUAUCGCGUUACCAUUCCGCCCAAGGCAGCGGCUCUUCCCACGCUUGUUCUACCCUCGACACAUCACAGAAACCCGCGCUUCCGCCCUCUGCCUUGGCAGGCAUCUCCUGAAGUGCCCGCCACCCCGCUCAACGUUGCAAUUCUGGAGCUCUUUGACCGUGCAGAGCGGUCAAUUUAUGUUCAGACUCCCAAUCUGACAUGUGAACCUGUCGUUGCCGCUCUGCUGGAGGCGCUGAAGAGGGGCGUCGAUGUGGCCAUUGUUACAAGCUGCAACAUGAUGCUUCUCGAACAGCUUCUCACCGCAGGCACCACUACAUCACGCUGUAUUCGUCUGUUUAUCAGCCGAUUUCGGCAGCUCAAGGGGGACUCACUGCAAGAUCUUGAAGCCGGUCGGCCUCGCAUCGGGCGCCUGCGAAUCUCAUACUUCCAGGCGCGGCCGACCUCGAAAUCAACCGGCCAUGAGGGGCGGCCUUUGAUGGCGUCUCAGUCCGAAGAGGAGGAGCCGGUGCAUACCCAUUUGAAGCUGACAAUCGUCGACGACGAAUACACUGUUCUAGGGUCGGGCAACAUGGAUCGUGCAAGCUGGUACACGAGCCAAGAGUUGGGCGUCUUGUUCCAUGAUGGCGGGUUUGCAGCGGCUGUGAAGGCAGGAGUCGACACGGUCCUCGACGGUCGGCUGAAGUCGGUCAUUGACUCGACUCGAGACCGAGGUUGA